GCAGGUGAUAAGGAAUCCACCAUGAAUGGGCAGCUGGACUUAAGUGGGAAGCUGAUCAUCAAAGCUCAGCUUGGGGAAGAUAUUAGGAGAAUCCCUAUUCAUAAUGAAGAUAUCACCUAUGAUGAAUUGGUGCUAAUGAUGCAAAGAGUUUUUAGAGGAAAACUUCUGAGCAAUGAUGAAGUCACAAUAAAAUAUAAAGAUGAAGAUGGAGAUCUUAUAACAAUUUUUGAUAGCUCAGAUCUCUCCUUUGCAAUUCAAUGCAGUAGGAUACUUAAGCUGACAUUGUUUGUGAAUGGACAACCAAGACCCUUAGAAUCUAACCAGGUGAAGUACCUGCGCCGAGAGCUGAUAGAACUUCGCAAUAAAGUCAAUCGUUUACUGGACUGUUUAGAGCCACCAGCGGAACCAGGGCUUUCCACUAAUCUGCCUGAGAGUGAUGCUGUAGAUGGUAGGGAUGAAAAGCCUGCUGCUGCUGACGCUAAUGUUAAGCCAUCCACUCAAGUUAUAGCAGCGAGCAUGUCUGCAUUCGAUCCGCUAAAGAACCAGGAUGAAAUCAGCAAGAAUGUCAUGUCAGCCUUUGGCUUGACAGAUGAUCAGGUGUCAGGACCACCCAGUGCCCCUGCAGAGGAGCGAUCAGGAACGCCGGACAGCAUUGCUUCCUCCUCCUCUGCUGCCCAUCCCCCUGGGGUUCAGGCACAGCAGCCACCCUACCCCAGCACACAGCCACAGACUGGGCAGGUGGAAGGUCAGAUGUAUCAGCAGUACCAGCAGCCUGGUUACCCUGCUCAGCAGCCGCAGGCUCAGCCCCAGCAGCAGUACGGCGUGCAGUACCCAGCAGGCUACAGCCAGCAGCAGCCCCCGUCGCAGCAAGCGCAGCAGUUCCCGGCCUACAGCCAGGCGGCCGCCCCGGCCCCGGCCGGCGCCUUCCCGGGGCAGGCGCAGCAGCUGCCGGCGCAGCAGCCGCCGCAGUACCCGGCGGGCAGCUUCCCCCCGCAGCCCUACACCACGCAGGCCUCCCAGCCCGCCGCCUACAGCGGCUCCCAGGCGGCGCCGGGCACCUUCCAGCCGCGGCCCGGCUUCACCCCCCCGCCCGGCAGCACCAUGACGCCCCCGCCCAGCGGGCCCAACCCCUACGCCCGCAGCCGUCCCCCCUUCGGGCCGCAGGGCUACGCCCAGCCCGGGCCCGGCUACCGCUAGGGAGCUGCCCCUGGGGACAGCGGCUGACACAGCGAUUCCAUCCCGACAGACUCCAGGAUUUUAAAUUGAGAUUCCAAAACUGUAAUGAGGCAAAACUAUAGCUGUUAAUUAAAUUCUGCUGGGGGGAGGGAAAUGACCAAAUCUUUCCUGCUUUAAAUUGUAUUCGCUUCCUAGUUUAAUUUAGGGCUGGGUGGUUUUUGGAAAACACUACUUAAAUGUCUGUAAAGUGAUUGACAUUCUAGCUUGCCUUGUCUGAAGGAUAUGAAGAUACUAGUUGGAAGUUUAGCCCACUUAUCAGGCUUAUUUUUACUAAUACCAUGAUGUACUAAAUUAGAUUCAUUCUGGAGGUCAAACUAGAUAUGAUGUAUUAUAAAUUGUAAUGUUCACAUGGAAAAACUAAUAAAAACCCUGAAUCUAUUAAAUGCCUGAUCUUGAUUUUAGAAAUUAGGUAAUACUAAGCAAGACAGCUGUACAAAGACCAGUGUGCAUGCUGGUUGCAAAGACUUUGUGGUAAAGAGCAGCAGUGCUGGGGUUUGUAGGAGGAGAGGCAGAUUUCUGGGUGUGUACAUGGAGAAGUGGUGGGACUGCAGAUGGCUUUCACAGAGGUUUUGCAGCAGGGGGUGGUUGUGUGCUGUCUGCUGUCAUUGAUUGUCAAGUGACCCUUUUACCAAAUAGGAACCAAUCCAUAACAUCUUAAAGCCUCUUAUCAAUUUUGCUUUAACAAGGCAUGGGAGAGAAUUAAUUUAUUACUUGAAAAUUUAAACCAAAUGUGUAUCUUUAAAAAAGAAGUCUUAAAGAACCCCCUACUUUCCAAAAGUUUUCUGCCACCCAGAAGAACUUGGGCAUGUAAUCCUACUGACUCAAUUUUGAGCCAAGAAAAAGCAGAUCAAGGGCUGUAAUGAAGUCAAUAGACCAUAUUACAGCAGAGGACAAAACACUCUCCAAGUUCAUAUUUUCCAUUCUGCAAAUUCUAGGAACAUGUAAAACUGAGUGGGGAAUAAAAAAAAUGGACUGGAGGAAGCUGCUUGGACUCUCCUAGAGAAAAAUUAGGAAGUUGAGUGAAAAUAUUUCUACCUUUGGCAUUCUUAAAUAGUGCUGUGCCCACUCCUGCUCAGCAAGCUCCUCCCAUUUCUGCCCUCAGACCUAACACAUCCCGUGUUCAUCACACCAUUUAACAUUACUUGUUUCCAGCAAGCAGUUUGUUCUGAAUAACAGCAUUUACCACAGAAACUAACCCUUCUUUUCAUGUAAAACACUUGAAAAAAGCACUUGAUUAAAAAAUAUUUUAUUAGGAGUACAGUGUACCUGCAAUGUACUUUAUAAGGUAUUUUCUAUAAAUGACUACUCUAUAGAUCUGGGUGUUCCUGUUCAUAUUUCUUCAAUACAUUAGUAAGGUAAUGAAUAACACCUUUAAAAAAACCUACAUCUCUUUAUUUAGUUCAUAAAUGUUCAAGCAGUACAACAAGUAGCUUUGGGAGAGGUUUUAAUCAAAAUAACUGUAAAGCAAUGUUAAAAGUUCAGUUAUCAGUAUUUCCCCUUUGUCCCCAAUGAAAAACGUUUUAAACCAGAAUUUUUAAAUAAAAUAAACCUGAUCAUGCUGUUA